UUAAACAAAACGUUUAACGAAUCACUCUCAAACUCGUUUUCUCGGAAUCGAGCAGCACAUUUUCUCGGCACCCAAACACCCUUCCGAAUCCCCAUUCUCCGCUCGCCGCGCCGGAGCCCCCAAUCGAAAUCGUGACCAACCGAUGUCUGCGUCAACAGCGCAACAGUUCCGGUACAAUCAAACACCUUCGAAGGUGCUGCACUUCCGCAACCUUCCAUGGGAGUGCACGGAAGACGAGCUCGUUCAACUGUGUUGCCCCUUCGGCCAGGUCAUGAACACCAAGUGCAAUGUUGGCGCCAAUAAGAAUCAAGCUUUUGUUGAAUUCGGGGAUCUAAAUCAAGCCAUUUCAAUGGUUUCAUAUUAUGCUUCAUCUUCAGAGCCUGCUCAGGUUCGAGGCAAAACUGUUUACAUUCAAUAUUCCAAUAGACAUGAAAUUGUCAACAAUAAAGCCCCUGGAGAUGUCCCUGGAAAUGUCUUGCUAGUAACCAUGGAAGGCGUAGAAGCUGGAGAUGUGACAAUCGAUGUUAUCCACUUGGUGUUUUCUGCAUUUGGCUUUGUACACAAAAUCGCUACAUUUGAAAAGACUGCAGGUUUCCAGGCUUUGAUUCAGUUCACUGAUGCUGAGACUGCUUCUUUGGCUAGGAAUGCACUGGAUGGAAGAAGCAUACCCAGUUACUUGCUCCCACAGCAUGUUGGUUCUUGUAACUUGCGUAUUUCAUACUCAGCACAUAGAGAUCUCAAUAUCAAAUUCCAAUCUAAUCGCAGCAGGGACUACACAAAUCCAAUGCUUCCUGUUAAUCAGACUGCUAUUGACGGGGCAUUACAGCCUGUUGUUGGUCCUGACGGGAAGAGAACCGAAUCUGAGAGCAAUGUGCUUUUGGCUACAAUUGAAAAUAUGCAGUACGCUGUCACUGUGGAAGUUCUUCACACGGUGUUUUCUGCAUUUGGCACUGUGCAGAAAAUUGCUAUAUUUGAAAAGAAUGGUCAAACUCAGGCACUGAUUCAAUACCCUGAUGUCACAACAGCAGCAGCUGCCAAAGAAGCUUUAGAGGGGCAUUGCAUAUAUGAUGGUGGCUAUUGUAAGCUUCAUCUAACAUACUCUCGUCAUACUGAUCUCAAUGUAAAGGCUUACAGUGACAAAAGCAGAGACUAUACAGUGUUGGAUCCUAGUCUCCGUGCAGCACAAGUUCCUGCAACAGCAUGGCCGAAUCCUCAGGCUGCUCCUAUGUACCCUGGUAGUGCCCCUGCAUUACAGGGUCAAGUAUCCGGUGGACAAAUGUCAUCAUGGGAUCCGGCCCAUCAGGAAGUUAGCCAAAGUUAUAUACCCGCACCUGGUACUUUUCCCGGUUAUUCCCCAGCAGCAACAUCAAGCAACCAUUUAGUUCAUAAUGCAAGUUCUAUGGGAAUCACUCAGAAUGUACAUUCACAGCCCAGUGUUGCUUCACCUCCAGGUCCUGGUUCCUCACCUCAUACACAACCCAGUUCAUUUGCUGGUCUUCAACAUUAUCAUGGUUAGUAAUAUUUCAACUGAAUGAAAGAGAUUCCCCUCUGCCCCCUACGUUUUUUUUGUUGGAUCAUAAGAGGUCUACCGAAUUACAGUUUCAAUUUCAAAUGUCUCAAGUGCAAUGCCUCUCCUCAUAUUGGUCGCUCUUUCGAUGUAUUAUUCUUACUUCUUGCAUGGCUUUGUUUACACAUUCAUUGUUUUUGUUUAUACCAACCCUUGCGGGCACGAGGUGCACAGCGGUGAAUUCUUUCCAUUUUUUCUGAUUUGGAUGCCUGUAUUUUUCUUUGUUGUUUCCUCCUUUAAUGGGUGUCAAGUUGGUACCCAGCUAAUGGGGAUUUGUGCUUUGCUGUGUAGGUCCUUUCCUUGGUGUAUGGCAACAAAAUACAUACACCCCCCCCCCCCCCCUCUUCAAUUAUGUAAACCGCCACAUUUUUGUGCC